UUCCUUCCGAGUCAAGGCGUCAAAAGCGAGCCGCUGCCGGGUUAGAUAGAGGAGGCGUGUGGAAGGCGGAGACUGGCCGGCCGGCCGGAAAGGGUGAAGAUGGCGGAGAAAGAAACAGCUUUAGAAGUUUCUUUGUGUCUCCUCCUGGAAAGAGUUUCCUCGGUUUCACACAUUCCUUUUGUAAAUCCAAUGCUUUCGGAUAUAUCGUGAAUGAAAAGAAAUAAGAUUAUUUCAGCUUUAUUUGCCCUUCUCUAGCUUCAAGUCUGUUCUAAAUAUUGUUAGAAGCACAUGAGGCCAUGGCAGAUGUUGAUGUUCAACCAUCCAUACCAAAAAGGUGUGGCCCGUACAUUUCUUCCAUCACUAGCCACAGCCUGAACCUGGUCCUUCGUGGAAUAGUCCUGUUCUUAAUUGGAGUCUUUCUUGCAUUAAUAUUAAACUUGCUUCAGAUACAAAGAAAUGUCACCUUAUUUCCACCGGAUGUGAUUACAAGCAUCUUUUCUUCAGCUUGGUGGGUACCCCUCGGAUGCGGCACAGCAUCAGCUGUAAUUGGAUUAUUGUACCCUUGCAUGGAUAGACAUCUGGGAGAACCUCAUAAAUUUAAGAGAGAAUGGUCCAGUGUGAUGAGAUGCGUAGCAGUCUUUGUUGGCAUAAAUCAUGCCAGUGCUAAAGUGGAUUUUGCCAACAACUUCCAGUUGUCUCUCACACUUGCUGCGCUUUCAGUGGGGCUGUGGUGGACUUUUGAUAGAUCUCGAAAUGGUUUUGGACUUGGAAUUGGAAUUGCAUUUUUAGCCACUUUGGUGACGCAGCUUCUGGUCUACAAUGGAGUUUAUCAAUACACAUCUCCUGACUUCCUUUAUGUCCGUUCCUGGUUGCCCUGUAUAUUCUUUGCUGGUGGAAUAACUAUGGGAAAUAUUGGCAGGCAGCUAGCAAUGUAUGAAUGUAAAGUUAUUACGGAAAAGUCUCAUCAAGACUGACUAGAAGAAAAAUACUUUUCUCAUGGGAGGAGGAAGAGCAGACUGAGAAGAACACAAAGUAGAGAGAACUCGAUUAUACAAUUGCCAAAAAAAGAAAAGCAAUCUCCCUCUCUCGUUUCUUCUUCUCUUGUCCCUGGUUGUGUCUCUGGCCUGGUCUACUCGCAAAGGCACUAUUUACUGCAAUCUGUGAUUGCUGAAUUUCUAAGUCACUUAAAAAAUCCUGGCAUCUCGGGAACAUGAUCUGUGCGAAAUGGUGCUUCAGCGCAACCCGCUGGAGAAAGUAUUGGCUUCUGAGUUAGGAUCCUUUGUUUAUCUGAACUAGGCUAGGCUUGUCCCUUUUCUUCCCCAAUAAGGUUCUUGUGCCAAACCAAGCUUACAACAAAGCAUCACCCUCUCCUGGCUGCAUUACUUUUUACUUUCUUUGGCCAAUUUUGAGAGCGGUAGUAUUCUUAGAGUGUUGCUGUUUUAUUAUACCUCAUGUCAGAGGGUUAAAGGGCCCCCAAAGAGACUAAAUGGAAUUAGCAUCAAAAGUAUAAUCAGUGCUGUGACUUCUCUUGGUAAAAAAGGUAAACGAAUCUACAGAAUAGCUGCGCAUGAAGCAAACAUGAAUUUUCUGUUUUGUAUCAAGAGUUGAUGGCAUAGUUGAAUGCAAAUGCACUAUUUGCAAUACAAAUGGGUAGUACUGCUACUGCACUCUCUGUGUCUAUACCUGUAGUGUGCUGAGUGUGGGACCACUCUGUAAAUAGAUACAUCCUGUUGUAGGACUUUUCAUCGCAUAGCAGCAGCAAUAGAGCUGUUUGUUGAGAUGUGAUUCACGCUAAAUAGUAAUAUUGAGGCUAUCCAUAAACAAGACAUUUACAGUUGGUAGUUUAGUUCUGGAAAUAGGAAAAUCCAACCUUUUAAAAAAGUAUGGUUAGAUGAACUUCAAUGUAGUAAUUGCAAGUACUGUACCUCUCUCACUUUGUAUAGUAAAACAUGGGUAUCUGUCUGCAUUCUGAUCAUAGGAGCUGUAAAUGUUCCUUUACAGAGAUUCCAACGAAAUAAAUUCAUGUUAUUGCUCUUAUAGAAAUGUCAUAUGACAAGGUGAAUUCUAACAAAAGAGAGGCACAGCUGAAGACAUUAUUAUGGUACUGCAUCAGUAGAGCUGAUCCUUGGGUCUGGUAAA